ACAGUUUAUGCUUUGAUUGGAUAAUUUUCAGGAGUACUUUGGUCCUAUGCAAAUUAAGGGAUUGUAUAUCAUCUUUCCAAUUGGUCUAAAUCGUACACAUUAAUUUAACCAAUCACCGAGCGGAGCUUACAAUCCGGUUUACAUGUAUAAGAGAUUCUCAGUAGCCCCAGAACUUAAAGAAGGUUUUUCUUUUUUGGUGAAGCAGCAUCUUGAGUAGCUUUAACAUGUCCGGACGUGGCAAACAGGGCGGCAAGGCGCGGGCCAAGGCCAAGACUCGCUCUUCCCGAGCAGGUCUUCAGUUCCCCGUGGGUCGUGUGCAUCGACUUCUACGCAAAGGCAACUACUCUGAGCGAGUUGGGGCCGGCGCUCCUGUCUACCUGGCCGCUGUACUGGAGUAUCUGACCGCCGAGAUCUUGGAGCUGGCUGGCAACGCUGCCCGCGACAACAAGAAGACGCGUAUCAUCCCUCGCCACCUGCAGCUGGCCAUCCGCAACGACGAGGAGCUCAACAAGCUGCUGGGCCGUGUGACCAUCGCUCAGGGCGGCGUCCUGCCCAACAUUCAGGCGGUGCUGCUGCCCAAGAAGACCGAGAGCCACCAUAAGGCUAAGGGCAAGUAA